UGACAAAAUCUUGAAAAUGAAGGUUCAUGAGAAAAGGUCUCACUCUCAUGCAAGUGAUGAGGAGAAGAAAGUUACUACAAGAAAGCACAAGGCUGAGGCAGCGCCAAAGAAGUCGAAAAUCGCCAAUGAAGGCGAGGAUAAUGAUAAGGUUAAUGGGCGAUCGAGUGUUGCGGAUGUGGCAGCUGAAUUUGAGAAGUUUUGUAGAGAGACAAGAGAACAUCUCUCCAUCAAACAAAUGCGCGAAAUUCUCGAAGCCAAUGCCCGGGAUGCUUCAAUAGCUGAUGAGGCUGUUGUACCUAGAUGCCAAGACAUACUAUUCUAUGGUCCUGUCGGCGAUUGUCCAGUUUGUGGUGGCACGUUGGAGUUUUCUGGCGACGGCUAUCAUUGCCAGGGAGCAUAUAGUGAGUGGUCCAGUUGUGUUUACAGCACUAGGUCUCCACCAAGAAGAGAAGAGCCUAUAAAUAUCCCUGAAUCUAUUGGAAAAACUCCCGUCUACGAUCUGAUUGAGAAACAUAGAGACCCGAAAAGUCGCCCCAAGCGGGAAAUAGCUGUAGCAGAUAAACCAUUUGUAGGAAUGAUGAUUGCUCUUUCAGGCCGUCUUUCUCGAACCCAUCAAUAUUGGAAGAAAAAGAUCGAGAAAUAUGGAGGGAAAGUGGCUAAUUCUGUUAUUGGGGCAACGUGCCUUGUGGUUUCUCCCUCAGAGCGAGAUCGCGGUGGCUCGUCUAAAGUAGCUGAAGCAGUGGAGAGGGGUAUCCCAGUAGUGAGGGAGGCUUGGCUGACCGAUAGCAUCAAGGAAAACCAAGCUGAAACGUUAGAUGCAUACGAUAUUGCAAGUGAUAUUGCGGUAGAAGGGAAAGGUCUUGCACUAGAUCAGCAAGAUUCCAGUGUCGUAGCACUUGAAACCUUAACAGCUGAGCUAAAAGUGUUUGGAAAGAGAGGUGUGCAUAUCGACAGUAAGCUGCAGAAUGAAGGUGGAAAAAUAUUAGAGAAAGAUGGCAUAUUGUACAAUUGUGCUCUCACUGUUUGUGAUCAAGGGAGGAACCUGAACGACUUCUGCAUUAUGCAACUUAUUGUGGCACGAGAGAACCGCUUGUACCUUUAUUACAGAAAGGGAAAAAUUGGUGACAGCCCCAGAGCAGAUGACAAGCUGGAGGAAUGGGAAAAUGUGAACGAUGCUAUUAGAGAAUUCGCAAAGCUCUUUGAAGAACUGACGGCAGGUCAGUUCGAACUCUGGGAAAGAGAGAAGAAGAUUCAUAAGAAAAAUAUGAAGUUCUUCCCUAUUGAUAUAGAUGAUGGCGUUGAAGUAAGGUAUGGUGGACUAGGCCUUAGGCAACUCGGGGUUGCUGCUGCACAUAGUAAGCUUGAUCCGAAGGUAGCAAAUUUAAUGAAAGUCCUCUGUAGCCAGGAGAUUUACCGGUAUGCUCUAGUGGAGAUGGGAUAUGAUUCACCUGAGAUUCCUAUCGGGAUGGUUACUGAUCUUCAUUUGAGAAGAUGUGAGGAAACCCUCAAAGAAUUUGUGGAGAAACUGAAAUCUUCAACGGUGACGGGGAACAAAGCAGAUGCCUUUUGGGCUGAUUUCACCCAGAGAUGGUUCACUCUCAUACCGACUACAAGGCCCUUUCCCUUUAAAGACUAUGAAGAACUGGCAGACCAAGGUGCUUCUUCUUAUGAGGCUAUUCGAGAUAUCAAUACCGCCUCCCGUCUUAUAGGAGAUAUGUCAGGCUCAACGUUGGAUGAUCCUCUUUUUGAGCGUUAUGUGAAGCUAAACUGUUCUAUUUCACCCCUUGAGAAAGAGGAAGAUGAUUACAAAAUGAUAGUGAAGUACCUGGACAAAACUUAUGAUCCAGUGAGAAUCGGUGAUGUCAGCUAUGGUGUAUCGGUUGAGAAUAUCUUUGCCGUUGAAGCAAGUGCAUGCCCCUCUCUUGAUGACAUCAAGAAAUUGCCAAACAAGGUUCUGCUAUGGUGUGGGACUAGGAGUUCAAAUCUAUUGAGGCACUUGCAGAUGGGGUUCUUGCCUUCAACUUGUUCACUUCCUGUACCAGGAUACAUGUUUGGAAGAGCUAUCGUUUGUUCGGACGCUGCAGCAGAAGCAACCAGAUAUGGAUUCACAGCUGUAGAUAGGCCAGAAGGUUUCUUGGUUUUGGCUGUUGCCGCACUAGGAGAAGAAAUCCAAGAGUUCUCUAGUCCACCUGAGGACACUAUAUCUCUGGAGGAGAAGGGGAUUGGAGCUAAAGGGCUUGGCAAGAAGAAAACAGACGAGUCGGAGCAUUUCGUGUGGAAGGACGACAUUAAAGUCCCUUGUGGCAAGUUGAUUCCAUCAGAGCACAAGGAAAGCCCUCUCGAGUACAAUGAAUAUGCUGUAUAUGAUCCACAACAGGUAAGCAUAAGGUUCUUGGUGGCGGUGAAAUACGAGGAGCAAGACGUAGAGUAUGAAGCAGCUGAGCUCGAGAUUGAGCAGCAGUCCGAGGGAUAA